GAAAUCGAGACGUGGGUGCAAGCCCUGGACGCCUAUGAUAAUCAGGAGUUUGAGGAGUCGCUGCGCUUCUUCGACCAGAUUGCCGAUACGUCCAAGAUUCUGUUUAAUUGCGGGGUCAUUUAUGCGACGCUGGGUGAGCAUGAUAAAGCUGUCGAGUGCUAUCAACGCGCCGUCGGCUUGGACCGGUACCUGGCCAUUGCCUACUUUCAGCAAGGCGUAUCCAACUUCCUCCUGGGAGACUUUGAGGAGGCAUUGGCCAAUUUCAAUGACACUCUGUUGUACCUCAGGGGUAACACCUCCAUUGAUUAUGAGCAACUGGGUUUGAAAUUCCGUCUCUUCUCAUGCGAGGUCCUCUUCAAUCGGGGUCUCUGCUAUAUCUAUCUUCGUCAGAUGGAACCUGGCAUGCAGGAUCUCAAAUUCGCUGCUCAGGAAAAGGUCUCGUCGGAUCACGAUGUGAUUGACGAUGCAAUACGUGAGAAUGCAGAUGGCUACACAGUCUUCUCCAUUCCCGUGGGGGUAUUAUACCGGCCCAACGCCGCCAAGGUCAAGAACCUCAAAACCAAAGACUACCUCGGCAAAGCCCGACUAGUAGCAGCCUCAGACCGCAACCAGAGCGCCGACCACCAAUGGAAACCCAUGGUGAUCGACAAAGCCGCCCUGGAAGACCGCGAGGGCGUCUCGUGGGCCGCCACCAACCUCGUCCACAAAGGCCUCAGCAGCCGCACCCGCCAACAAUCAGAACCACCCCUCAACCGCAACGUAUUUCCACCCACCCCACCCCCGGACGAUCGGUCAACCAGCAAUGGCUCAUCAAGCCAGGGCCCUUCCCACUCUCGCUCCUCGUCCCUCCGCAGCGCCCGCCCACCCCGCCUAGACCUCGACCGCACCGGCGCCGGCCUGGACCGCCAGCCAGCCCGACAAGAACCGACAGCAGAGAAACCACGAAUCGGCACGACUCGCACCGCAUCAGAGCCACGCGGGCCCUCAAUCCGACAUAACAAUAUGCGCGGCUUCGGCCAAGAACCCGCUCGCAGUACCACCUUCCCCGAGAACAGUGGCCACCGCCGAAACCACAGCGACACUAGCUUCGUCGAACCCCAAUACCUCCAACAAUCCUUCCAACAACCCUUCCAACAACCUUUACAACAACCCUUCCAGCAGCCCUACACCCAAUCAGACCCCUACAAUAACUUCGCCAGCCCCCAAAGCCUUGCCAGUUCAGGCUGGGGCCGCGGACCGCGCUACCAGCCGCCGCAGUACAUCGACGAAGAAGACGAAUACGGCAGCGACGCCUGCGACGACGAACCUAUCAAGGCAGAAAGCGGCUUUGAAAUGGUCAUCGGCGCACCUUCAUCUACCUCUCCCCAACAACGACGAACAAGAUCGCCGGCGCGGUACUCGCGUCGAGCGAAUUCGCGCCGACCGGAGGUCCGACGGUUCAGAACGAAGGUGCAUGCUCCCGACGAUAUUCGGUAUAUCAUGAUCGGCCCGACGGUGCACUUUGGCGAGUUUGAGACGCGGAUCCGCGAGAAGUUUGGGUUCCAGCGUCCGCUGAAGAUGAAGGUGCAGGAUGAUGGGGAUAUGAUUACGAUGGUUGAUCAGGAGGAUUUGGAUCUUUUGCUUUCUUCUGCGAGGGAGGUUGCGAGGAGGGAGGGGAGUGAGAUGGGAAAGAUGGAGGUUUGGGUUGAGGAGAGGUCGAUGAUUUAG